AUGUACGCAGAGGAGUUUGCUGAUAUCCCGCAGUACCCGGCCAUAGCCCGCGUUGAGGCCCACGUUUCCUCCGGUCAGAGCUCGAAGCGCAGCUCGUUGACAAGCGGACUCGCGGCACGUGGCGAGGCACCCCGCUUUCUGACGCAGCUCUUCGCGGGUAUCCACCGCGAGGCGACGGAGCGCAAGCGGGCGUGGAAGGAAGUUCUGUUUGAAAUAUUUGUGCCGCUCAUCUGCGUCGCCUGCACCACGCUGCUCUGGUCGUACUUUGGGGACAUGCACGACACUGCGGCGGACUUUGUCAACUACACCGGCCCGUCGCCCAACUCCGGCGUGUUCGACUACAGCUCCGGGUUCUGCUACAAUGACUCUAUGCUCGGCCCAGACGGAAAGCAAAAUUACAUUCCCGGACUACAGCCAUGUAGCCUGGCGAAAUUUUCUUUCGACUGCAGCGGCGACGAAGCGCAGCUCCCCGUGAGGGGGUUAUGCGCCGACGUCCUGGAGCCGCCCUUCUUUCGCUUUGCUGUCGCCUCCGUUGCGCUUCUCAAUGUAAUUCCGAGUCUGGACGAUGUCUUGCUGCUGCACUGGGCUGCCGCCAAGCACCGCGCACGGCCGAUGCUGGAUGCUGCGGCGUACCGGAAUGCCGGCAUCGACUUCGUGGACCGCUUUUCGGCUCUGAUGGUGACGGGGCCCCUGUACAUCGGCCCCGCCGCCAACGUCCCUCCGCCGCUUCUGACUUACUUUAAAUCCUUGUCGAAGUACUUCAACCUUGUCUACGCAGGAAGUUUUGACAGCGUGACGGAGUUGCAGGGCCGCAUCUCCCGCGGCGGCGUCUUCGCGGUGAUCAACAUCAAAGCCAUGACUGCGGACGCGUUUGAUGUUGAGAUACGGAUGGAUCAGAAGGCGAUUCCGGCGCCCAGGACCGUCAUUCAGCUUGACUACUCCGGCGGUGUCUGGCCAGGCACCGCCGAUAUGUACAUUGUCUCUGGGUUUCUCACGCUCCAGCGGAUGCUGUACGACUUUUACCUGAUGCACUUUAAACGUCUUCCGCUUGGCAAGCGCCACUUCACGCCGUACUUGAUCUCCAUGGGGCACAUAGACUACUCCGCCCCGAAGUUGAUUCGUGAAUCAGGGCCGUUGGUGUCGCUUGCGAUUGUCUCAUCGCUCCUCUACCCUGUCACGCUGCUGGCGCGGCGCCGCGUAGUGGAGAAGGAGCUGCGGAUUCGGGAAAACAUGAAGAUUAUGGGGCUGCGCACGUCCACCAUGGACAUCUCGUGGUUCCUGCUCACCGUGGCCACCAUGUUUUUGGUGGCCGUCCUGAGUGUGGCCAUCGUCCGGCCCUACCUGCGACGAACGGAGUACGCCACCGUCUUCCUGAUCUUCAUUGUCAACUAUCUCACGAUGAUCCCCUUUGCCGGAUUUGUUUCGGCGUUCUUCGGCAAGUCGCGCUUCGCGACGAUGAUGGUGCCGCUUGUGUACUUUGCCGCCUCCGCGCCGCCGGUGGGACUUCAGCUGGCCGGUGCCACGGCCAAAACGGUCUUCUGCCUCCUCCCACCAACGUCGUUCUCCCUUGCGCUGGGGAUCCUCUUCCGCCACGAGCUCGCGGGUGGGUUGGCGCUGAGCGACUUCAACUCCGCCCUCGACAGCCCCAACCUGUCGCUUGUCCUUGGCAUCACCACACUGGACUUCUUCCUCUACCUGCUGCUGAUGCUGUACCUAGAGGCGGUGAUGCCGCUCGGCCAUGGCACCCCAAAGCACCCGCUGUUUUUUCUUCUUGACCCCUGCAGACGCUGCUGGGGCCGUGCUCGGCAGUGUGACGCGGGUGGCGCCGAUGGACGGGACCCGAACGGCACCUACGAGGAGAUGGGGGCCUCCGUGCGGUACGCCGUGGAGAUAAUGGGGCUGCGUCGGGAGUACAAGCGCGGUCGACUCUCCUUUCUCGCCGUCAACAACCUCUACCUGAAGAUGCCGGAGAAUGGCAUCUUCGUCCUGCUUGGCCAAAAUGGCGCGGGCAAGUCGACGACAAUAAACAUGAUAACAGGCAUGACACGCCCGGAUGCGGGGGACUGCCUUGUCUUUGGGCUCUCCGUGCGCCAGCAACUCUCGCAGGUGCGCCAGAACCUCGCCCUCUGCCCACAACACAAUAUUCUCUGGCCGGAUCUCACCUGUCGCGAGCACCUCGAGUUUUUUGCCCGCAUCAAGGGUCUCAUGGGCAGGGACUUGGAAGAUGCCGUGGUGAGGACGUCGUCUGAGGUUGGGUUGUGCGACAAACUAGACUGCAAGGCGUCUGCGCUAAGUGGGGGGCAGAAGCGCAAGUUGAGUGUGGCGGCGGCGUUUGUGGGGGGAGGCCGUUUGGUGCUGCUGGACGAGCCCACCGCUGGCAUGGACGUGGCGGCGCGCCGUAACACCUGGGAACUGCUGCGUCGCAUGUCCUCCACACACACUAUUUUGCUCACGACGCACUUUCUCGACGAGGCGGAGAUUCUCGGCGAUCAGGUCGCCAUCAUGAGCUACGGCGCACUGAAGUGCUGCGGCAGCAGCCUCUUCCUAAAGUCGAGGUUGGCGGCCGACUACAACCUCCAACUCGGGCUUACCCCCGACGCCGACCGGACCGCCCUCGGCGCCUUCGUCGCCGGCUACGUCCCGGACGCGUACAUCAUUUUAUCAGGCCCCACCGAGUGGAAGUGCCGCAUACCAGCGGGACACAUGAACCGUCUUGUCCUGCUACUGGAGCGCCUAGAGUCAGUCUCGCGUGACGUCGGCGUCAAAAACUACGCCCUCUCUGCCAUGACGCUGGAGGACGUUUUCCUGCACGUUGUGGCGAAUGAUGAGGCGAACUUCGCCUUGGGCGACACGGCGGCGGACAUUCUCUGGGACUGUGCCCGGGUGUCGCGGUGCGGCGAGGCCGCCCGGAUGCAGUUUUGGGCCUUGCUGAAGAAGCGGGUGCUGUGUGCGGUGCGGGAUUGGUGGCUGCUGAGCUUUCAAAUUAUUUGCCCCGCCGCCUGCAUACUCUUGGCGAUGGUGCUUGACUCCAUCCCUGUGGAGGCGCCGACGGCGGUGGAGCUAAGCCCCUCGGUGUACCCAUUUGACACCAUGAGCGACACGGUGCGGUGUUCGCCGUACUUUACCGCCGCAAACUACACUUCGCCGGGCGCAGCACAGCAGGUGCACUUCACCGACCGCAAUAUGCUGAACUCCUUGAAUCUUUCCUGGUACCACGUGGACAACUUUCUGCGGCACCCGCUGCCGCACCUGAGCUCCUUUAGCUGCCGCGACCCGCAGUACACCAGACAGCUGGGAACCAUCCCCAUUGUGAUCUUCUACAACACCUCCGCCCCGCACGAGGCCGCCAUCGCGUUGAGUACAUUAUACACGCUGGUUAUGCAAAGUGCGGCGAGUGCUUCCGGGGUGCUGCGCACCACCAUGGCCUACGCCUCCACCGAACACAUUAUUUACGUGACGACUGCCGUUCAGACGAUCUUCAAGGGUUUCGUUAUCCUGAUCCCUUUCACAUUGUUGCCCGCGAACUGCAUCGCCUGGGUGGUGAAGGAGCGUGAGUGUGGAGCAAGGCACCUCCAAUACCUUGCAGGGUUACGCUACUCAGUGUACUGGGGGGUGAACCUCCUUUUCGACAUGGUUGCCUACCUGCUGACCGUUGCAUUGGCCCUCAUUAUAUUUUUAAUCUUUGGAAAGAAGGCGUUUGUUGGCUCCGACACCAUCGGCCCCACCAUGCUGCUUUUGCUCACCUACGGCUUUGCUGGGACGGCCAUGGCGUACUUCCUCCACCUAUUCUUUAAGUCGCACAUCGUUGCACAAACGGUGACUAUGAUCGCCGGCUUCGUCGUGGGGUUUCUCUUUCUGGUAAUUGUAUAUAUGCUGAGUCUCAUUGACACGACGUGGGGCCUCUCCGAUGGGUUGCGCUGGCCGUUCCGUCUCAUGCCGACCUACGCCGUGGGGGAGGGCAUCAUCAACCUCCUCACGCUGAAGCAGCGCCAGCAGGUGAAACCCACCCUCACGGCGUGGAGCAUGGAGGCGGCGGGCUGGGCCUCGCUCUACAUGGCGUGUGAGUUCCCCAUUUUUUUCGUGUUUAUGCUUGUCAUGGACCACCCUCGAUUUCGGCUUAGAAUGCAGAAACGCUCCUACCACCCUGACGCCAGAAGUGUGCCCGAGGCGCACGAGGACAGUGAUGUGGAGGAUGAACGGGAAUACAUCAACAAUCAGGUGAGCAGAAGCGAAUUGGUCGGGGAUGCCGUGGAUGUGAUUAACUUGCGCAAGGUGUACGGCAACGGCAAGGUGGCGGUCAAGGACAUCACCUUUGGCGUAGUGAGAGGGGAGGUGUUUGCCUUUCUCGGCACAAACGGGGCUGGUAAGACCACUACCAUGUCCAUUCUGUGUCAGGGUGCGGUGCCUACGGCUGGGCGCGCCUUCAUCUGCGGCCACGACGUUGUGGAAGAGAGCAAUGCGGCCAGAGCCUGCGUUGGCUACUGUCCACAGUUUGACGCCUGCCUUGACCUUCUCACGGUGGAGGAGCACCUGCGGUUGUACGCGGCGGUGCGGGGGAUCGUGGAGCCGCAGCACGCGGAGGUGGUGGAGGCCCUGAUGCGGCUCUGCGGGGUGGAGGAGUACCGUGAGACCCGCGCCCACCAGCUGAGCGGCGGCAACCGCCGUAAGCUGAGCCUUGCGCUGGCGCUGGUGGGCGGCCCGCAGGUGGUGAUGCUGGACGAGCCCACGGCGGGCAUGGACCCGGCUGCGCGGCGCCGUGUGUGGAACUCGAUCAGGGCCAUCGCCAGGAGUUGCUCCGUGCUGCUCACGACGCACCACCUGGACGAGGUGGAGGAGCUGGCCAACUGCGUCGCCAUCAUGGUGGAUGGCUCGCUUCGCUGCAUAGGCAACCAGACGCGCCUGAAGAAUAAGUUCGGCACCGGGGUGGAGAUGUCCCUCCGCAUCCGCGACGACUCCUUCCGGCCGAUGGUGGUGCACCUCGUGGAGGCCUGCUUCCCGGAUGCCGUCCUCAACGAGUACCGCAAUCACCGUUUCGUGUACGCCCUGCCGAAGGACACAUCCCUUUGCGGUGUCUUUAAGGCGCUGCAGCGAAACAAGGCCAAGGCCGGCAUCACCGACUACGGCGUUUCACAGACCUCCAUCGAACAGGUGUUCAUACGCAUCAGCAAAGAGGCGGCGGCGUGUUGA